UGGGAGUGGUUUUGUUGCGAGCGGCAGUCAGCGGCUACUUGCUUACAUUCUGGUGGUUGUUUCUGGACCUUUUGUGAACAUGCCUGUACAUUUGCAGAAUCUACUAAUUUUUAUAUGUUUUUCCUUGAAUUUCUUAAUAUCGCCAGGAUAUUGCAAUAGUGAAACGUCUAAUACUUCAGAUACACAAACAUAUGAUGUUGUUUCUUCUAUCGAUGACCUUUUUGAGGAUGUAACAGCAUCCUUAGAUUUAUUACCAAGGAGUUCAUUUGCUUCUGAUAUGAAAGUUACGCAAACAGUGAUUAACUUACUUAUCUCAUCAUCCAGUUUUGUUGACAUUAUGAUUAGUCCUACUCAUUCUGUUAAUGAUCACAUAAUGUCACCUACUGAUGUCACAAGUUUUAUCAGUGCCAUGUCAUCAAGUAACCUUAUCUUGCCUACUACUUCUUAUUUUGAGGAAAGUAGUAUAGUUCAGGAUGCUAUGUCUCUGGUAUCUUCAUUUGUUUCAUUUGAUUUCAAUCCAAGCAGCACACAAAGUUUUACAGGAAGCUCUAUAGAUCUGACGACCAAUAAUCCAGGAAAUUUUGUUUCUGUUUUGUCAUCAGUGCAUAUGACUAUAGCAGGUGACACUUCAUCAUUUUCUCUUUUUGUAUCUUCUACACCAUCAGCAUCAUCAUUGUCCUCUGAAAGACUGUCAACAGUCGAAGUAACAUUGAUAUCUUCUGAAUCAUUAGUUGUCAUGUCUUCGCUGUCACAGGUAGAUUCCUCAGUAUUAACAACAAGUUUCUAUAAUUCUUUUUUCUUGUCAUCGUUUUCGUCCCGGGUACUAUUAUUAUCAUCAAGCAGUGCAUCAGUAUUCUCCUCAGUCAUUGUUCAUUCUAGUAAUAUAGCUCCUUCAAGUGUGGGUCCUACUCCAUCACAGGUAGAUUCCUCAGCAAUAACAGCAAGUUUCUAUAAUUCUUUUUUCUUGUCAUCGUUGUCAUCCCGGGCACUAUUAUUAUCAAGCAGUGCAUCAGUAUUCUCCUCAGUCAUUGUUCAUUCUAGUAAUAUAGCUCCUUCGAGUGUAGGUCCUACUCCAUCACAGGUAGAUUCCUCAGUAACAACAACAAGUUUCUAUAAUUCUUUUUUCUUGUCAUCGUUGUCGUCCCGGGUACUAUUAUUAUCAAGCAGUGCAUCAGUAUUCUCCUCAGUCAUUGUUCAUUCUAGUAGUAUAGCUCCUUCAAGUGUUGGCCAUACUUCAUCUCUUACCAGUUCUUAUAGUAUGCCAGUUUCGCCUACAGUCACACCAAUUGUCUUUGUACCAGUUGUUACUGUUCGGUCAAUUAAUGCCACUUCUAUAUUAGUUUCCUGGUCUUCUGUUCCUGAUGCUAUUGGAUACAUCAUAUUAAUACGACAAGGGAAUAGUCUUGUGAAGAGGGAGGCUAACCUAAGGAUUACUAUUGAUGCUGGUUCAACAAGUUACAUUGUAACAGAUUUGCAACCCUAUACAAGCUUCAGCAUUCAAGUUGCUAGUAUUCGCCCUGGUAAUGUCACAGGAGAUUUUUCUGAAUCUAAAUCAAUUUCGACACCGGAAGCUCCUCCUAGUCCUCCUGUUAAUGUUACAUGGCAGGAUAUUGAUGAUAAUUCUGUUAAUGUGUCUUGGUCAUCACCGAUAUACCCUAAUGGCGUGAUAAUCAAGUACAUUGUCACUAUUACUUUAACAGGAGGCAAUGCAACUCAGUAUAAUGUAUCUGCCACUUUACGCUCACUAGUAAUUAUGAUUGAUGCACAAGACUUUGUUAUUACAGUUUCAGUUGUAAACAGUGCUGGUACCAGCAUCCCUCAGAUUGCUGUUAUGAUUCCAUCGGAAACAUCUGUUGUUUCAUCUGUAGUUCCAUCUAUUGGUGGAAGUUCACCUCCUACAGAUAAAGGUGGUUUAUCAGGAGGUGCUGUUGCUGCAAUUGUUAUUAUCUGUAUACUUGCUGUUACCAUAACAGUCGUAGUUGUGGCAUUAGUUUUAUUUCUGGCUUGGAGAAAAUGGUUUGCUGGUGAUGGUGUUGAUGAAACUGUUGGUGAAAUGGAGUAUAAAACGGGUGACACACGAUCAAAUGAUGCUAGCAUUGAUUUUGAUGAAUCUGGUGGUAGUCAGACACAGCUUACUGCUAAACGAUGGAUGAGAGCUAAUGCUAAUUAUAGUACUCCAUCGUCACUGUUGCCUUCUAUUGCUGAUCUUGUCAGUCGUUACUCAACUGCGGAGGAUGUGGUGAACAAGACGGGUGACCAUACUCAAACUAAUGGUUUAAAUGCCAUUUUAGAAUCUACUCAAAUAGAAGAUGAAUCAAGUUUUGAGAGACCUCAUGAAGCUUCUAGCACAGUUUGCAGUCCAUGUGGUGAAAAAGUUUUAAAUGCUAGCAAUAAAGUGUCAUAUGAUCCUCACUCAUUUUCUGAAAGGGAAGCAGGAAUGAGGGAAAGUGAAAUUGCUGAUGGUAAUCAUCCAUUGUUUGAAAUGAUGGAAAAUAUUUAUCUUCCUAGUGCUGUUGAUUUUGAAGCCCUGAAGCAAUAUCACUUGGAUUCAUCGCUGAUUGAAAUCAAAGAACAGAUAGGAGUAGGAGAGCAUUGCAAAGUAAUGAUGGGAGUUCCUGAAAUGUUACCUUUUGAAAAGAAUGAAGAUGUAGUUGCAGUUAAAGUUCUCAAAGAUGAUGCUGUGAAAGAUAAUUUAUUAUGUACUGCUCAUAUACUAACUCAGUUCUCUCAUCAUAACAUUUUAAACUUACUGGCAGUCACUGCAUCUCCAUCAAUGGUCAUUGUUCCUUAUUUGGAGUUAGCUGAUUUAAAGAAAUAUCUUGUCCGAGUUAGAAGGCGAACUCGUUUAGAGUAUCAACCUUGUAACUUCACUGUCAAAGAUCAGCUCAAUAUAUCUGCUCAGAUUGCUAGUGGUAUGGAAUAUUUGUCUUCAAAGUUUUAUAUUCAUAGAGCUCUCCAAUCUAAGUAUAUUUUGCUUGAUGAAGACUUCAAUGUAAAAAUAUCAGGAUUCCAGAUGUCCUUAUCACUUGGUCAUGCAUCUAACUAUGAAGAUCUUAAAAAAGCAGAUAAACUGCCUGUGAAAUGGUUGUCACUGGAGACACUUAUUGAUGGAAGAUUCACUCCUUAUACUGACAUUUGGAGUUUUGGUGUGGUACUUUGGGAGAUAUUUUCAUAUGGGCUCACUCCAUAUCGAGGAUUACAAAACUGUGAUGUGUUGCAGCAUGUGAGUAAUGGAGAGAGGUUGAACAAGCCUUCUGAUUGUCCGCAAGAUGUUUACACUCUUAUGUUGCAUUGCUGGAAUGAGAGAUGUCGUGACCGUCCAUCAUUUAGUGAACUUUAUAAGCACAUAACGGGCAUAACAGAAGUUACUAGGAAAACUCAGGACGAUUGCACUUUCAAUUUAAAUGCUUUUGAUAUUUCAAGCGUUUCUCAGUCUUUUUCCACUUCUUCUAAUGUCGACACUUCAAACCAACCACACUUAAACCCUGUUGUUACUAUUAAUGAAUCAAGUCCAGCAGAAUUAGAAAUGACUGAAGUUGUUCUGCGUAAUCACGAGAGAGAUGACAUGAAUCGAGUUGAAUUUAAUGUUGAUGCUAUCACUGAAGAUCCUAGUCGUCAUAGUAACCAUUCGUCAAUUCCAGAAAUAGUUUUGUCUACUCAGGCAAGACCAGAGUCUCAUCAGUCAGAAGUUGAGCUUCCUCAUCAAUUAACAAGUACUGAGGAGUAUACUGUUUUAUAAAGAACUUAUUGGUGUGUUUUUAUUACUUCUAUUACUUAUUUUUGUUUACCUUUUCCACAAAAUUUUAUAUAACUACA